AUGCCAUUUGAUACAACUUCUUAUUCAUCAUCUGAUUCGAUUUCCUCUGAUUCAGAGUGUGAAAGUGAUUCAAUUGAAUUUGAAAAUUACUUGGCCAUUGAAGCAACAACAAUUCAACAUCAUUUAUCUAGAAACAAAAAAUAUGAAAAAUGGAUGCUUCCAAUAUUAGAUGCAAGAGAAGUAAUGAUGAAUCAACAAAAUUUUGAAUGGUCGACAUUAUUAAAAUUAAGAUUUCUUAAUGAUCUUGAGAAUUUUAUUAAAAAGUUACCACAUGACAAAGAAUAUAGAAAAACAUUGAAACAUUCAGAAGCAAAAGCAUGCACUAUAAUACAACAAAAAUUAAAACAAAUGGUUGAAUCAUGGAAUUCAAUAAUACAAGAACAUAAUCAAAUCAAACCACCAAUUCCAAUUACAUCUAAAAAUCAAUAUAUUGUAGAUGAAAUAGAAAAAUUCCUAAUGAUUUCACCACAUAAUCAUAUCUCAUUCAGGGGAUUAAAUCUUACAAAAUAUCCACAACAUAUGAAAAAAUUAAAUAUUGUUUUAAAUUAUUAUUAUUCCUUCUCACCAAUUAUUAUGGAUAAAAAUUUAUCUGUUCAUUCUUUAACCAUUUUGGAUUUAUCUAGAAAUAAGUUAAAAGUUUUUGCUCAUGAAAUCUUAUUUUUUAGGAAUUUAAAAGUUUUACGACUUGCCAAUAAUUUAUUUCAAUAUUUUCCGCCAUAUAUUACAAGGUUAAACUCAUUUACAGUCUUACUUGGAAUUAAAUUUAAUCCAUUAAGAAAAUCAAAUGUUUCUAAAAUCAAUUCAGAGUAUAAAAUAUCAUCAUUAUCAUCACCACUAAAUAAUAAUGAUGGCAAUAGUGAAGGGAAUUGUGAAAAAACAACAACAACAAAAAUACCCUCAUUAUGUGAUUUAUAUUAUGUUCAAGAUGGGUAUUUGUGUGAGUGUUGUAGAAUGUUUAUAUCAACUUCCUCGCCAUUAUAUUUGCCAAAAAUUAUAGAAUAUAUGAACUAUUUAUGGAACUUGGAAAAAAAUGAUGAUGAUGAUUUACAAAGAUUUAACAAAAAUGGUUAUAAUAGUUAUAAUAAUGUGAUUGUUGAUUCAGAAAAAUCAACUAAUGUACCAUUGCUUAGAAGAUUUUGUAUGAGUUUGAUAAUAAUUACUGCUAUUUCUGCCGACACAAGUGCUAUUAUCAUUAUUAUUUGGACUAGCUUCUACACAAAAAAAGGCACUGACAACGAAUAUGAAAAUAAUGACGAGGAAGUUGUAGUUGAUAGUGGUAGUAGUAAAGAGAUUGAUGUCAAUUUAGUUCAUUCGGAUGUGAUUAUAGAGUUAACAUGUUAUUGA